GUAGAGCCGUGUUCCAAGUCUCGCGAAAAGAACACUUCGUGCGGUUCCUUGCGUGAAGCGAUCUCAGUAAAAAAUGCAGAAGACUGAUGGAGCAAGAGCAAAGUAAGUAGUUUCUUAAAUCUUUUGGUCACCUCUCUUCUCCAGGAAGCUACUCAAACAAUUGCCUGGUGGUGGACUGGGCCAAAGCUGCAGCAUAAAGCAUCCCCAUGCUCCACCACGUUGUGGCAUGGACAGAGAGAUUCGCCAUGGAUGGAAACGAGCAGUGCACAACGAAAGUGUGCGUAUAUAUCGAUCGAAGAAAAAAGUUCCUGCCGGCGAUCUGGAUGGAUCGGUAAAGCCAGUGGAUCAAGAAAAAAUGGAGCGCAAACUAAUCUUAUCUCUUUGAUCAAAAAGUCUUCCCUGUUGUCGGCCUUUCGCCCUGAUAGAUUUCAUGAAAUAUAUCGCUGCUACUAAGACGUUGUAGAACCAUAUCAGUGAAUGGAAUAGAAAUAAAAGCCAUGGUCCCAUUUUCUCGCUAUAUGGUACCCCAACAUUAUUUCACUGACACAGCUCUAUACUACUACAAUCUUCCACGUUGACUAGUUACCCACCCAUUUUUACAAAUUCCACCCCCCAGGAAGGAAUAACAUUAACUGCAUGUUGACUGUUUCACCCGCCUUUCGUGUGUGACGGCCUGACCACCUGUACGGACGCGUGUGGCCCGUCGCUUUCCCCGUCCACGUGCCCGUCGUGCCGCGGGCAUAUUCCCGCCGAUCCGGUGGGCCUUUAAAACCCCAGCGCUCUUUCCACCGGGCCACCAGGGGAACCACGCGCGUACGGUGAAAUGUUGACUCGUCAGGGCCCGUCAGGUGGGUGGCGCGACGGGCGAGACAGGCGAGACGAGCCGGCCAUUGGAAGGGCCGCCCGUCACCGCGACGAAGAAAUCAACACACUUGGACGAGAGAGGCCUUGGAAAUGCCAGUUGACAAUUUUGGCCCAAUGCUCUGUGUCGUGACAUUUUAGGUCGACUCCUUUCUCCCAAUCUCUCUCAUUCUUCCAUUUCUCCCAUUUGGCGGUCGAUCGAUCGAGAGGGAGAGAGAAAUGGGCGUUGAAUCGCCAAUGGAUCCCAGCGGCAGCAGCUCCAGCGCCAUCGCCAGCAGCAGCGACUCCAAUCCCUACCAGGUGAACAUCAAGAUCAUGAUUGCCGCCAUUGUCGUCCUCUUCUCGGUCAUCCUCUUCAUCCUCUCGCUCCACCUCUACGCCAAGUGGUUCUGGAAGAGCUCCCAAUUCGCCGCGCGCCGCCGCCGCCUCCUCCACCUCCAGCAGAUCCAAGCCAUCCAGCAGCAGAUCCAGGCGGCGGCGGCCGCGGACCCCCUCUUCUUCUCCAAUUCCCCGGCGCUAGGCGUGGACAAGUCCAUCAUCCAGUCGCUCCCCCUCUUCGUCUUCCGCGAGAGCGACAAGAUCAAGCUCGAUUGCUGCGCGGUCUGCCUGUGCGAGUUCCAGGAGGGCGAUCAUGGCCGGACUCUCCCCAAAUGCGGCCAUAGCUUCCACACCGAGUGUAUAGAUAUGUGGCUACAUUGCCACUCCACUUGUCCCCUGUGCCGUGCCAGCCUCCUGUCCAGCUCCAACUCCGCUGGAUGUCCCAAGAGCAUCGUCCCAGAGCUGCUGCUUCUUCCGGAUCUAAAUCUCGUCGCCACCACCACUUCUCCGCCAACGUCUUCUUCCACGGAUCUAGUUCCUUCAUCGUCGUCGUCGACACCAUCGCCAUCUUCUUCUAGCUCCUCUUCCUCGUCGAGUUCUACGUCGGGCGAUAGCGAUUCCCAGCACCAGCCGCAGCAAUCGGUUCAGGUGGUCCAACUGGUUUUGGAUCUGGACGAGAAUGCCACCUCCAAGUCGCUGUCUAGUUCUCCGUCGACUUCUUCCUCGGCUGGUGGGUCUCUGUCGGCCAAGCGCCGGUGGAGGAACUUGAGACGAAUGCUCGGUAGGCUCUCGCCAUCGUCGCCUCUGCUCGCACUGCCGCCUUCCGCGUCGUGUUCGUUCUCAUCUACGUCGUCAGCGGCGUCUUACGCGGUCUCGGUUGUCGGGGAGUCGUCGGAUCUGCAAGGCAGUUACAACUCAAUCCUGGUGCUGGUGGAGUGAAAGUCUUCGUACCUUGCAAGUUUCUUCGUUGGAUGUAUCGAGUUCCAACAAGGCAGAACCGAAUCCGCGACGGAGGAAGGAAGCAAAGACUGGGCGAAAUGACAGUUGCGUGGUGUAUACAAGGUGUCAGCCAGUUCUGUAUAACCAACAGCGCUUUCUUCACCAGAAGAAGACGAACACGAAGAAGGAUCCGUCACUUCUGGUCAGUAGCUUCCAGCUGGAGAAAAAAAAAAAAAAAACAAAAGGAGUACCUAUUCGAUUCCGGCUGCGAGCCAAAAAGAAGAUCUUCCGCAGACCUGGAAGUGGAACAUCUGGUCAGCACGAGCUUUUGUAAAAACAAUUUGCUUUUCUUAGUACCUCAGAAACAGACAGUGGUCGACAUCUCUAAUGCUCCUCCUUUUUUCUCCACAAAGUUUAAAAAGCUGUGCACGCGAUUUCAAAGCUUAACUGGCACUCAAAGACGAGUGCCUUACCACCAACAAUGUUCUCCACUUGCA